CUCCCUGGGAGCCUCCCCUGGAGCUUCCCACUCUCCGCGCCCCUCAGAGGGGCCCUUCGGCCUCUCUCCUGGAGCGGGUGCCCCGCCGCCAACCUCCCCGCCCGUGUCCGUCCUUACCCCCGCCGCCUCGCAGGUGCUCCCUGCGGGCGGCGGCUUUCCCAGGCCCCGGCCUUGGGUCGCAGGAUUCCGGCUCCGUUUCCGCACCUCUCUCGCCUGGCUUGCGCGCUUCUUCGGGAUUCUGGAGUGGCUGAGCCGCCGUGCAUCGCUUCCGGGCCCGUCUCACCCCGCUUCAUUUCUCCUACUCUUGGUUUUGCAGUGUCCUUAGCUUUGUGUGAAAAAAUGGUGGUUGUGAAGAGUGGAUGGCUGCUGCGACAGAGUACUAUUUUGAAGCGCUGGAAGAAGAAUUGGUUUGACCUGUGGUCAGAUGGUCACUUGAUCUAUUAUGAUGACCAAACUCGGCAGAGUGUUGAGGAUAAGGUCCACAUGCCAGUGGACUGCAUCAACAUCCAUACAGGUCACGAAUGUCGGGAUAUUCAGCCUCCAGAUGGGACGCCAAAAGACUGUGUGCUGCAGAUUGUUUGCCGAGAUGGGAAAACUCUCAGUCUUUGUGCAGAAAGCAUGGAUGAUUGUUUUUACCAGGAAAGGAAGAGAAUGGAAAUUUCCUCAGACAGCAGAAUAGGUGACUCAGAGGAUGUGUGGAAGAAAUGGCCUGGAAAUUUACAUUCCAGGACUCCAGGACAAACACAGCUUAUUUUGGCUCAGAAGUCAUGUAUGAUGACACAGUUGUGGCUUCUUCCCCUCCUCCUUACACAGCCUACACUGCACCUGAGCAGGCAUAUGGCUAUGGUCCAUAUGGUGGUGCAUACGUGCCAGGAACUCAAGUUGUCUAUGCUGCGACUGGACAGGUUUAUGCUGUACCCUACCAGUACCCAUAUGCAGGACUUUAUGGACAGCAGCCUGCCAACCAAGUCAUCAUUCAUGAGCGGUAUCAAGAUAAUGACAGUGAUCUGGCCCUGGGCAUGCUGGCAGGAGCAGCCACAGGCAUGGCCUUGGAGUCUCUGUUCUGGGUCUUCUAGAGUCCUUGAAAUCUGGAUGUACAUGGCUUCUGAUACCCUUGUGUAGUAAUAUUAUUUGCUGGGCAUUUUAGUUUGUGAUAAAUGUUUUCAAUAGUUCUUUUGAAAGUAGUGACAUGGUAGUUACAACUAAUCCAUAUAAGUACCACAGAAAAGGCUUUGGACUGCUUUUUAGCCAAAAUAUGGACUCUGGGGCAUGAUCUCAUUCCAAUAGUUUCCUUGUGGAACUCUUGAAAUACCUUAUUCGAACAUAUCUGUUUUGAAAGGCAUUUUCUUUUUGGAGUUAGGUGUAGUGCUUAAGGAAUAAUUUAUUUAGUGUUAGGCUAGUAAUAUGGUGAAUGAGUGAGUUAUUCCACAAUUGUGGCAAAAAAACCCCAGCAGCUUCUUUUGGUUUAACAACAGACUUUCAAACCUCAGACCAGAACUGGCUGCACAUUACUUCAGUUUUGGGCUGAUCAGCCACUAGGGAACUUCCCUGAGGCCAUGGUAUAAUAGCCCCAGGACCGCUGGGGCUUUUCAGGCCUCCAGCAAGUCUGACAGCUCAGGAUGAUGGGUGGACGCAGGCCAAUCCCCCUUUUAAAAUGAUGCAUUUUCUGUUUGGUCUUACUUGUUUGUUUUUGGUAGCAAUCCUUGGAAAGAACACCAAAUUUGGAAUUGACUUGAGCCUCAAAGUUUUAGGGCUUUAUCUUUUAAAACUUGAAGAAGGCAAAACACAAACGAAUGUGUGGAGGUAGAUUUGCCUUAUUCAGAGACAUUGUGCUUUUAAUGUUGGCUUGGAGUAUUUUUAUUGCCACCUCUGCCUACUUAUGGCUUAUUUUUCUACUUCUCAAGAAAGUCAUAUUGAAGGAAUGGUGAAGAAAAUAGAAUGGGAGUCAUAGUUUGUGUUACUGCUCAGGCCUGGCAGGAGACUCUUUUUCCAUUCUCCUGAAGGCUGUUAAAGAGCAGGUUCCUUCCCUAUCCUGUGCUGCACUGGGACACUGUGGCUGCCCUGUGAGUACUGGGGUGCAUGGAACCCUGCUGGUGGCAUGGUGGGGGCUUUUUGGACCAUGACUGUUGGGGAGAUUCUGGGGGUAGAUGGGAAAUGAGGCAUUACCUGCUCAAGAUACCAUCUAACCUGGACAGGGUGCCAGUCUGCUUUUUAUUCCUGACUCAAAUGCCCUAGAGAAGCUUAAACCAUUUAAUUUUGAUCCCCAACUAUGUGUGAGCUCUGGAAAAUCCACAGUCCUGCAUUUUUGUUAUUUCUUAUUUCUUUAACUAUGUGCAUUUUUAAAGUUCCUAAUUAUUCCAGUUUUCUGUCCCACAUGCUUUUUUCUUUCUUUCCCACAUGCAUUAAAAAUGUACUUUUACAAAUGCAGUGUAGCAAGGUGACAGCUCCCACUCCAACACUCCAGGUGGCCCUAUUUUCCAUAAAAUAUACUCCUAGUAGCACAAACUGUUUUUAUUUUGUAUGGCUGGUUACAUAUAUACUCUCUUGUUUUACUGGUCAACCGACUCCAUCUCUGCAGCCUACUUAAACACAUCUUCAUAUGAAAGCAGAUGCCAAAUGAACUUUGUGGUGACUACUGAUCUGUUUUCCUAGCCAAUUCUAGUGGAUUCUUUGACACUGGAGAGUGUCUGUUUCCAGUCGAAAGGAAGUGUACUUGACUGUCCUCUCUUUGGGUGUUUGACAUGGUGGAAAAUAGCCAGAUGCGAUGCAUUACAGCACUAGUUUUGGUGGUUAAGAAUGUUGCUUUUAUGACUUUACAUAUGUGUAAUAAGAAGGGAUUUUUCAGAAGGUAAUCAUUUAUUAAAGUUGUAUGCUUUACUUAUGGAAAUUAAACACAGUUUUUAUUGUUGCAUUGGAGUAUUAAUUUUGAACUUGAAGUUACUAUUGGGUUGUCAGAAAAGCCAUGACGUAUUUUCCUGUAUUUUUUGUUGUAAAAAUGUGUCAUGACUUUUCCGACAACCCGAUAGACUCAUAGAGUAUUGAGUUACGUCCCUGAAAUGCCCUUGAUGCACAUUCUCCCUGUGUUCCUUUGACUGCCCUCUGACUGAAGGGGGAGUACUGUGGACUAAAGCUUGGGCACACGUGUAUGCCCCCAUCCCCUGUCCACACUGGGGCCAAGCCUCAUGGGCAAUCAUAGUUGAACCUCAAAAUCAUUGUCACUUGAGACUUGAUCCUGAUAUGAAAUGCAUACUGGAUAUUAAGAUGGGCUGAAACAUUUCAUUUCCCUGGUCUCAACUCCCAUAGAUGCCAACUUUUUGAUCACUUCACUUACAUCAUCCUAAAACAAGAAGUUAGGUGCAUUGGAAGGAACUUGUUCAGGUUUGAGUAAGCAUUUUACUUCCCAUUUGUACUUUUAAGUAAUGUACCUAGAAGAAGUUGGUCAAUGACAUUGUGCACAUUCCAAUCUGAUUGUUUUCUAGCUCUUCUUUUUAAUUUAUUGAGUUAACUUUAGGGACGUAUAUAGUAAAAAGAAGGGAGACACCAGUCGCUGUGUUUCAGAUCAUCAUUCAUGAAACAGGCCAGACCAGUAACCCAAGAUCCUGGAUCAUAUGGAGAAGUUUCUGCAGUUGAGACAGAAUGACCUAAGAUUAUUUCCUACAUCAUUUGUGAUGGUGUGUAAUCUUUUGUCUUCUUCCCAAGUUUAUGUAGACACAGGCAUGGAAUGUGGUUCCAUUUUUUCUCCCUAGAGUUCAUUUUUUUUUCUGAUUGCUUCCCUGUCUAGUAUUCCCUUGUGCCCACAGAACCUAUUUUUCCCUGUAUAUGCAAAUUGUAUGUUUAUAAGUGAAAGUGAUAAUACAUUAAAUGAUAUUAACCUUAAA